AUGAGUUGGAUGCUUGACCUGAGGACAUGGGACGGCACGUACGGCUUCAUUGAACACAUCCUUAAGGCCUUCCCCUGUGAGGGUCGAGCACUCCAAGUACUUAACGGCGCCGAUAUCCUUAGUCAUGGCCAGGACCUGGGGGGCCUGGCCAUGGCUAAGGAUAUCGGCGCCGUUAAGUACUUGGAGUGCUCGGCCCUCACAGGGGAAGGCCUUAAGGAUGUGUUCAAUGAAGCCGUACGUGCCGUCUCGUGUCCUCAGGUCAAGCCUAAUAAAAGAAAGCUCUGUGUUGUACUAUAA